GCCCAAACUCCAGAGAAGAUAGUUCUUUAAGACUGAUCUUCCGCCCUGAGCAGACAAGCCUCUCGCGCGCUCUCACAGGCUCGCGGCUGCUUUGAUCUUCCCUUAACAACAGUCACGUCAUAGGGGAGUUUUGUCAAGCGAGACUUUUAGAGGGUUCAGCAGAGGCAGCAAAGCAUCCACGGGACCAGUGUCCGAAACGAGAUCCAGUUUUACUUCCCUUUGUCACCGCUGCAACACUGAAGACAUGGAACACCAAUUGUUUUGCUGUGAAGUGGAUACCAUUAGAAGAGCUUACCAAGAUAGCAACCUGUUGAAUGACCGAGUUUUACAGACAAUGCUCAAAGCAGAGGAAAACUAUCUUCCAUCGCCAAAUUAUUUCAAGUGUGUUCAGAAAGAAAUUGUCCCUAAAAUGAGGAAAAUCGUCGCCACAUGGAUGCUCGAGGUUUGUGAAGAACAGAAAUGCGAAGAGGAAGUUUUUCCAUUGGCCAUGAACUACCUGGACAGAUUUUUAUCUGUGGAGCCCACCAAAAAGACCAGAUUGCAGCUUUUAGGAGCAACUUGUAUGUUUUUGGCCUCUAAAAUGAAAGAGACUGUGCCACUAACAGCAGAGAAGUUGUGCAUAUACACGGACAACUCCGUCCGUCCCGGCGAAUUAUUGCAAAUGGAACUGCUGGCACUAAAUAAACUGAAGUGGGAUCUAGCCUCAGUGACACCGCACGAUUUCAUCGAACACUUCCUCGCCAAACUGCCCAUACAUCAGAAUUCCAAGCAGAUUCUGCGCAAGCAUGCCCAGACAUUUGUGGCCCUCUGUGCAACAGAUGUCAACUUCAUCGCGAGCCCUCCCUCCAUGAUCGCGGCCGGCAGCGUUGCCGCAGCGGUGCAGGGCUUGUACCUGAAAAGCCCCGAUAGUUGCCUCUCGUCCCAGAACCUCACCAACUUCCUCUCGCAAGUCAUCAGAAGCGAUCCUGACUGCCUGCGAUCGUGUCAGGAACAGAUCGAGUCCCUGCUGGAAUCUAGUCUCAGACAAGCUCAGCAGCACAACAUCUCCACAGAGACCAAAAGAGUGGAGGAGGACGUGGACCUCUCUUGCACCCCCACAGAUGUCAGAGACAUUAAUAUCUGAACGGAUCGCUAUUCAUCUCGUCUUUGCGAUGAGUCUCUUCAUCUUUGCUUCUGUUGGGUAUGGGCUUUGGCCAAAGGCUUCAUGAGACAAGAGGGAAAACGGGCUCCCACCUGCACCCCACCAUCCGACCAAUACCUCGACAACUUGCCCCUCAGCGCGCCCUAACUGUUGACCGCUGACCGGCAUCCCCUGUGGUUUUGACGAUUGGGCUAUCGCUGGCACGGACCACCGGUGGAGGACAGGGAAAUCUCUCCUUUGCCCCCCCCCCCCCCUCUAUGUCCUAAGUCAAAAAUAAAAAGAGCGAAAA